CCUAACUCUCUCUCCUCCAUAAUAAUUCUUUGUUUUUCAACCAAAACCCACACUUCAAUCAUUGAAAUUAUCUCCUUAAUCAGUAGCGAGAAUGAGCAGCAAAGGGCAUAUACAGAACAAGUUCCUGAGGUUCAUCACGAUUCCCUUUAGAGCCCUAGGCAAAGCAAGGGAUCUUUACGUGAAGAGCUUGACGAGUUGCGCUGCAAGCGUCAGCUUCGGGCAAGGCGGCGGUGAUUACGCGGGGCAAUACCCGGGCUUGCCGAGGAGCUUCAGUGCAAGUUCGGCGGCAUCUAGCCGUGACGACGAAGAUCUUAGAGAUCUCAUCAGGGCUGCAUCGGUUAGGAGCUUGGGUCAUAAGAACGAAGUGGAGAUGUUCUUGCAAGAACAACUGAAGCAGAUGAGAGCAGCGAAAAGGUUGCCCAAGAGUUCCAGUGUUGGGAUGGGAAGAAUCGAUGAAGACAAGCCUUUUGAAUUCCAAGAAAAGAAUGAAGUUGAUCGUGUUGAUAAUAAUAAUAAGAAACAAGAUUCAUUGUUUACAAGAAGUAAAACCUACGCUGUCACCAAAAGGACUAGCGUUGCUUUUGAUUCUUACUGAUUUUAUGUAAAUAUUUUGGGAUGUAAAACCAAGUAAUAUAUAUAUAUAUAUAUAU